GUUGCUGCUCCUGUUCUCUCCUCUUCUCAUUGUGGCUGCCUUCUCCUUGAAGAGAAGCAAAGCUUCUGUGAAAAUUCUCUGCUAUUGUAUUUCAUUCCUAUUUACAUUGCAGAGAAAGAGGGAUUUUCCUUUUCUUAUCUUUAUAUUUUGUGAUUAAAAGAUGGAUUAAGAGAUUAUGGGCGCAGAGAAAGAGGCAGAAUCAAGCGGUUGGUUGUAAUCCAGUAUGUUCGGUGUGAUGCAAUCAGUUGACGAGGACAGUAAGCAACAGAGUUUGAAGCGUUCAAGGCCUCUUUCGUACAACAUGACCGUCACGAACUCGAGUGUUGCUCAGAGUUUGGAUGAUUCUUUCCUUUUCCCAGUUGAAGAGAUUGUACAAUAUCCAUUGCCGGGAUAUGUUGCGCCCACUUCAAUAACGUUCAGUCCAGACGAUAGUUUCGUUACUUACUUGUUUAGUCCUGAUUGUACCUUAAAUAAGAAGGUUUUUGCUUUCGAUAUCACAACUGGCAAACAGGAGUUGAUUUUCUGUCCUCCUGAUGGUGGGCUGGACGAGUGUAAUAUUUCACCGGAAGAGAAACUGAGGAGAGAAAGAUUAAGGGAACGCGGUUUGGGAGUGACUCGAUAUGAAUGGGUGAAAUCAAGCACCAAAAGGAAAGCGAUUAUGGUGCCUCUGCCUGCUGGGAUUUAUAUUCAGGACUUUCUUGGCUCAACGCCCGAGCUUAAGCUUUCCAGUAAACCCUCUUCGCCGAUCAUGGAUCCACAUCUCUCACCAGACGGGACCAUGCUUGCGUUUGUUAACGAUGGGGAUCUUCAUGUCAUGAAUCUAUCAUACAACGAAAUGAGACAGUUGACUGUUGGUGCUAACCGAAACAUUUUGCAUGGAAUUGCGGAGUAUAUAGCUGAGGAGGAAAUGGAUCGAAAAAACGGGUACUGGUGGUCACCAGACAGCAAAUAUAUUGCAUUUACACAAGUUGAUACUUCAAAGAUCCCUGCAUUUAGAAUCAUGCAUCAAGGUAAGAGUUCGGUUGGUUCGGAUGCACAAGAAGACCAUGCUUAUUCAUUCGCUGGAACUUCCAAUGCCAUUGUUCGUCUCGGUGUCGUCUCUGUUGCUGGAGGCUCAAUUACUUGGAUGGAUCUUCUUUGUGGAGAAACAGCUGAAGAGGAAUAUCUGGCUCGAGUCUGUUGGAUGCACGAGAAUAUUCUCAUCGCUCAGGUUCUGAAUAGGUUACAUACGAAGCUGAAAAUUCUCAGGUUCGAUAUCAAGACGGGAGAGAGAAAAGUUUUGCUAGUAGAAGAACAAGAUUCAUGGGUUAACUUACAUGAUUGUUUCACCCCACUAGACAAAAGUAUCAGCAAAUAUUCUGGGGGAUUCAUAUGGUCAAGCGAAAAAACUGGAUUUAGACAUCUUUAUCUACACGAUGGCCAUGGGACGUGCUUGGGACCGAUCACUGAAGGUGACUGGAUGGUCGAACAAAUUGCCGGUGUAAACGAGGCAACCGGGCUAGUUUAUUUUACUGGAACUCUCGAUGGUCCUCUCCAAUCUCAUCUGUACUGUACCAAACUAACUACUGCAGGGAAUGCCCCCUUGGAGCCACCAAUAAGACUGACUCAUGGCAAGGGGAAACAUGUCGUUGUACUCGAUCAUCGGAUGAGAAGUUUUAUCGACAUUCACGAUUCCCUCGAUUCUCCCCCGAGGGUGUUGCUCUGUUCCUUGAAAGAUGGAAGUGCCAUUUUGCCAGUUUAUGAGCAAACACUUGCAAUUCCAAGGAUUGAAAGGCUUCAUCUAGAGCCUCCAGAGAUCGUUGAGAUACAGGCCGGUGACGGGACAUUGCUCUAUGGGGCUUUAUACAAGCCUAGCGAAACGAUAUUUGGACCGCCGCCCUACAAAACUAUGAUCAUUGUGUAUGGUGGUCCAAGUGUGCAGCUAGUUUUCGAUUCGUGGAUCAAUACGGUCGACAUGAGAGCUCAGUACCUACGUAGCAGAGGAAUCUUAGUGUGGAAGUUAGACAACAGAGGAACGAGUCGACGCGGACUCAAGUUCGAAGCUUCUCUGAAAUACAAUAUCGGCCAUAUCGAUGCAGACGAUCAAGUGAUUGGAGCAAAAUGGCUGCUCAGACAGGGUCUAUCAAGAGCUGGAGAGAUUGGUUUAUAUGGAUGGAGCUAUGGUGGCUUUCUCUCAGUAAUGAGCUUGGCUCGGUUUCCAGAUAUCUUUCGAUGUGCGAUAUCCGGUGCCCCUGUUACAUCAUGGGACGGGUACGACACAUUUUACACAGAAAAGUACAUGGGAUUACCAUCUCGGGACCCAGAAGUUUACGAGAAAAGCUCGGUGAUGCAUCAUAUAGACAAGAUGACAGGGAAGCUGCUGCUUGUGCAUGGGAUGAUUGAUGAGAAUGUACACUUCAGGCAUACAGCAAGGCUUGUGAAUGCACUCAUAUCGGCUGGAAAGACGUAUGAGCUGCUGAUAUUCCCGGAUGAACGACAUAUGCCCCGACAGCAUCGAGAUCGGAUCUACAUGGAAGAAAGAAUCUGGGAAUUCAUUCAGAGGAACUUGUGAGGCAAUCUUGUUCUUGUUCAUAAUCUCUUUGUUAUUUAUUGGUGCUUUCAAAAUAAAUGAUGUCAAAUAUUUUAUGAUAGUUUAGUUUCUUUCUUAGAUUUGUACGGAUUGUGAUGUGAUUCCCCAAUUCCAAACCUCUAAUUUUUGAACAAUUUUGAACAAUUUU